CUGGCGUGACUUUGGGCCUGUGCGCAUGCGCAGCAAGGAGACGCCAAGGAGAAGAGGAAGGAACGCAGUCGCUCUUUCGCCGGAGGCUCGUCCCGCAGCUCUUCCGCCGCCAUUAUGUUCCGCCUGAUGGCCAGCCAGGCCAAGAAGCACCCCAGCUUGAUUCCCCUCUUCAUAUUUAUUGGAGCUGGAGGAACUGGGGCAGCCCUCUACAUCAUGCGCCUGGCUCUUCGCAACCCCGAUGUCUGCUGGGACAAGAAGAAUAAUCCAGAACCUUGGAACAAACUGGGACCCAACGACCAGUACAAGUUCUUUGCCGUUAGCACGGACUACAAGAAGCUGAAAAAGGAAGGUCCAGACUUCUAAAGAGUAAACAUUUUUCUCCCUUCACAAGCUGCACAAAAUGAAGGUCUUCCAGAAGCCAUCCAUCCGCACAACUCAUACGCUUAACCAUCCAGGAAAUAACUUCGGUUGCACAUUGCACUUCAAACAUGAUUUUGGGGGAAAACAAAGCUUGUUUGGGACUUAAUAAAGACCGAUGCUUGAACUCUUAA